AUGCAUCUCACAGCCCUAUUCACCGUCUGCAUCGCUACCCUGACCAGCACCGCCGCGGCAAUGCUCCAUUUCUCCGGGGCGUACCACGGUGCCCGCCUCUCUGUCCGUGUCCCUACCAAUGCAACUAGUCCCCACAAUGCCACUACAACGAGUGCACGGGGUAAUGCUCCCCUAUCAACGGGAACAGCUCACGGUAAUCGCGUUAAUGUCAACCGCUGCCAUGAGCUGUGCUCUUUGCAGUCUCAGACUUGCUCGAUUGUUGUACCGGACGAUAACAAGUUUUGCUGGUCUGUUUACUUGCAAUGUACGGAGAAGUGCGACCCUGAGAAUUUCAAGUAA